UUUGCAGCGUAGGCACAGGAGGCGGGAGCCCCCCGGGGUGAGCUAGUCUCCAGAGCUGGGGAUGCCUAGGCAGAUGUGGAGGCAGCUGGAAAGGUGGCACCGCACUUGGGCCGCUGGAGCUGCGCUGUUCCUAGGAGACGGAGGAGCAGCAGCGAGCCUGCGGGGGAGGGGGAGCAAAAGGGUUGCUGCGUUUAGCAGCUGAAAGGGCUGCAGGGAGCUCUGGGUAAGACAUUUUCUGCUGCUGCCGCUUCUGCGGUAGAAGCUGCUGGGAGUAAGUCAGAGGAAGGAGGAUCGAGAGGGAGGAGGCUUCAUUUGCAGCCAUGCUGAAUCACUGUUGCUGAUCAGAUCUCCUGUUGGUUGGCUGGGAGAACCGAGAACAGAGCUACGAUCUCCGGGUGCAUGCACAGUUCAGCGGCUACCACCCCGGCUGGGCCUCGCACAAUGGAGGGUGAAAGCAUCAAGCCGAGCUCUCAGCCCCCGGUUCAGGCUGGGGAUGAUGAGAAGAACCAGAGGAUCAUCACUGUCAACUCUGCCCACAUGGGGAAGGCGUUCAAGGUGAUGAAUGAACUGCGGAGUAAACAGCUGUUGUGUGACGUGAUGAUUGUGGCAGAAGAUGUCGAGAUAGAAGCCCACCGUGUGGUCCUGGCAGCCUGCAGCCCCUACUUCUGUGCAAUGUUCACAGGUGACAUGUCUGAGAGUAAAGCCAAGAAGAUAGAAAUCAAGGACGUGGAUGGGAGGACGCUGAAUAAGCUGAUUGACUACAUCUAUACGGCAGAAAUCGAGGUGACUGAAGAGAACGUCCAGGUGCUGCUCCCAGCAGCCAGCUUGCUGCAGCUCAUGGAUGUUCGGCAGAACUGCUGUGACUUCCUGCAGUCUCAGUUGCAUCCCACCAAUUGCUUGGGUAUCCGCGCAUUUGCCGAUGUGCACACCUGCACUGACCUUUUGCAGCAGGCCAACGCAUAUGCAGAGCAGCACUUUCCAGAGGUGAUGCUGGGGGAAGAAUUUCUUAGCCUCAGUCUGGACCAGGUGUGCAGCUUGAUAUCCAGUGACAAGCUGACCGUUUCUUCAGAGGAGAAGGUAUUUGAAGCAGUGAUUUCAUGGAUCAAUUAUGAGAAGGAAACCCGUUUAGAGCACAUGGCAAAACUGAUGGAACAUGUCCGUCUCCCUCUCUUACCUAGGGAUUACCUGGUCCAGACGGUUGAAGAAGAAGCUUUGAUAAAGAAUAACAACACCUGUAAGGACUUCCUCAUCGAGGCCAUGAAAUACCACCUGCUCCCUCUGGAUCAGAGGCUCUUGAUUAAGAACCCAAGGACCAAGCCCAGGACUCCAGUCAGCCUGCCCAAGGUCAUGAUUGUGGUUGGUGGCCAGGCACCCAAGGCGAUCCGCAGUGUGGAAUGCUACGAUUUUGAAGAGGACCGGUGGGACCAGAUAGCUGAGCUUCCCUCCAGGAGAUGCAGAGCAGGUGUGGUGUUCAUGGCUGGUCAUGUGUAUGCUGUGGGUGGAUUUAACGGCUCACUGCGCGUGCGGACAGUGGAUGUGUAUGAUGGUGUGAAGGACCAGUGGACGUCCAUCGCCAGCAUGCAGGAGCGCCGGAGCACUCUGGGUGCAGCCGUGCUCAAUGACCUGCUCUACGCCGUGGGGGGCUUUGAUGGAAGCACUGGCCUAGCAUCGGUGGAAGCCUAUAGCUACAAGACCAACGAGUGGUUCUUCGUGGCCCCAAUGAACACACGGCGGAGCAGCGUGGGUGUGGGUGUCGUGGAGGGGAAGCUGUAUGCUGUCGGGGGUUAUGAUGGGGCUUCCCGCCAGUGCCUGAGUACCGUGGAGCAGUACAACCCAGCAACCAAUGAAUGGACCUAUGUGGCAGACAUGAGCACCCGCCGCAGUGGCGCAGGGGUCGGGGUCCUCAGUGGACAGCUGUAUGCCACAGGCGGGCAUGACGGGCCCCUGGUGAGGAAAAGUGUUGAAGUUUACGAUCCUGGAACAAACACCUGGAAGCAGGUGGCGGACAUGAACAUGUGCAGGCGCAACGCAGGGGUGUGUGCAGUGAAUGGGCUCCUGUAUGUGGUUGGAGGGGAUGAUGGAUCCUGCAAUUUGGCUUCGGUGGAGUACUACAACCCUGUCACCGACAAAUGGACGCUGCUGCCAACCAACAUGAGCACGGGGCGGAGCUACGCAGGUGUUGCUGUGAUUCACAAACCCUUGUGACCCCAACUCCCACUGCCAGGAGGUGUGGGAGGGGAGGGGUGCUGCCUGUGACUGACAACGGCAGCACCAUGAUGCUGGGGGGCCACUUGCUGCAAGAGUCUGCGGUGGAGCCUGAAGUGCCCUCCUCCCAUGUGGCGAUGUGGCAAAGUGCGUCCAGCGUGAAGGCUGGUGACCUGCCUCCUCCCUGAGCAGUGGGUUCCUGACAGCUCCAGCACCUUUGGGCUUUUUAUGUGUGUUUCUAUGGGAAUACCUGAGAACCUGAAGUGUGUGUAUAUGUGCAUGUGUGUGUAUGUGUGUAGACCAUGGUGUUUCACUGAGUUGGGGGAUGUGUGACAAUCUACUGGAUUUCUUUACUACUGAUCCUUCUAUGCUAAAAUCAAAUCACAGAAACCUGUCUUCUGGAUUUGCCCCAUGGGAACCCUGAGAUGACUAAAGCUGCUGUCUUCUGGAGGCCAGAAAUGUCCAGAAGCAACUGGUGAGAGGGGCAUUGCCCUGACCAUGCCUACAUACUGGCCUUGACUACUGGCACUGUCUGCAAAAGAGCUGGGCAUUCUUGAAUCUGUACCAUGCCCUCUUUGUGCUAGAACUGGGAACAGAUGGGUUCCCCAGCUCCUCCCUGGGCUCUGCUCCAGGAAGCAGAUAACAACUGCCUAAUCCUUGGGCCACUGGUCUUUGAUGCGUGGAUUCAGGUUAAGGAGAGUUUGUGUCUCUUCAGCUGGGAAAACUAGCUCUUUGGAGAAGCCCUGAGUGACACUGGAGAAAAAAAAAAUCUCUAUAUACAUGAAAAACAAAAACAAAACAACAAACCAAAGUGGUAAGGUAGUUCCUGCCUGAAAUGGUCUGAGUGGAUCCUAUUUCUGAGUUUUCCUGUGAUAGGACAGACCCCCAUAUAUACUGGUUAUCUAGGCUUAAUUAUUCACAGCAUCCCAUUUUACUCUCAAAAGUGUUCUGGUUUGGAGGAUAAAUAAAGGGUCAUCCUACCUCCAAACCCAAAGAUAGUUUUGCCCCUGCUUUGGGUGGGGUCAUGUGUGAUUUAGGUGGACACGGAUGACUUCAAAGGAGUAUAUAUCAGCUGGGGCUGGCCCUCAGCACUUGAUGGCAAUGGUCAAUUGGCCAAGUCUGUCCAAUGUCCUCAUCUUCCUUUUCUUGUGCUCUCCCCCUGUUCCAGGGCCUGUACCCUUUCUCCAUCCUUUGGAAUCCUCCCCUCCUUGUUUUUCCUGAGAGGGAGGAGAUGGUGGUAAAUGCCCUGGAUGAGUGAUCUCUCUCAGGGAUAUUUACAUUUUAAAAGAGGAGCUUGAUAAGAGCUUUGAUAAUUCACAGGUAAAAAUUAAUGGCAGGACUUCAAGCAUCUGGAGGGGGCAGAUAUUUAAGGGCAUAUGGAAUCAUUUUCAUUGAAAGAAAGAAAAAGAAAA